UUAAACAAAGGGGUGAGGGCUGUCUACGCUGUAUAUCUCUGCCCUUCAACUUUGUGUUCCCUGUUAAAUCAGAGAUUUUUAAAAUCCAAAAGCCCCCCUCCUCGAAUCGUGCUCUGCGUGGAAGCUAGUGCAGGAGUGAGUGACCUUCACGAUCUCCCCACCUCUUCCCCCUCUCUCUUAUAUUUUUUUCCUUUUUUUGUUUCAUUUUAUGAUGUUACAUAUUAUCUGAUCGCCAUCUCCUUCUUUUCCUAUCCGUUCCCUCUAUUUUCUUUUUUUCUUUGUGUCUUUUCUUGUUUGAAGGGUUAUCCUAUUCCUUCCUCGGUAUUUGUUUUCCGUUUACUUUUCUGGGAUUCUUUGACCCAAUAUACUUCUUUUAAUACUAAUAUUAUAUAUAUUUCUUUUUUUUUUUUGAAUUAGGUUUCCCUCAUCUUUUGUUGUUUUCUUCUGAGAUUCUUCCUAGUGUUUUUUUUUUCCUUUUUUUUUCUUUGGCUUAUCUUUUCUGUUCUUUUGUGCUUUGGGGCAAACUCUGUUAGUUACUACUAUUGUAUAUAUCUUCGGUGAGUGUGUUUAGCCUCUUUUUCUCUUUGUUCCUGUUUGAUGGGCUGUUGAUGUCUUUGGCGGUUGGUGAGAAUCCAAGUCCCAAAACCAUGGGGUUUGAUAAGGAGGGGAGUGCUACUGAUAGUGAAGCUUCAGAGACAAAAACACCAUCAAAGAUUCCUCCAAACGAAGAUGCCGUUGACGGACAUCAUCCCCCUGGAAUCAAUAGAAAAGCAAGCGAGAGUUCUCUUUGUCCAACUGAAGACGAAGACGAUGAUGAUGAAGAAGAGAGGGAGAUUGAGUUAGGCCCGAAGUGCACCCUUAAAGAACAACUCGAAAAAGAUAAGGAUGAUGAGAGCUUGAGGAGGUGGAAGGAACAACUUCUUGGGACUGUGGAUUUCGAGUCCGUUGGAGAAAAGCUAGAACCUGAAGUGAAGAUACUGAGCCUUGCGAUCAAAUCACAUGGUAGACCUGAUAUGGUACUUCCAAUUCCGGAGAACGGAAAGCCUAAAGGCUUGUGGUUUACCCUAAAAGAAGGAAGCAAAUACAGCCUGCAAUUCACUUUCCAAGUGAGCAACAACAUUGUGUCCGGCCUCAAGUACACUAAUAUGGUUUGGAAAACUGGUGUCAAGGUUGAUAGCACGAAAGAGAUGAUUGGAACCUUCAGUCCCCAGGCAGAGCCUUACACACAUGAAAUUUGUGAAGAAACAACUCCAUCUGGAAUGUUUGCUAGAGGAUCUUAUUCAGCUAGAAGUAAGUUUGUGGACGAUGACAACAAGUGCUACUUGGAGAUCAACUACACUUUCGAUAUCCGUAAAGAAUGGCAAUCGUAGACUACAUACGAAGGAAUCAUUGUCAGCGAAUUGGUUUGCUUUGUGUCCAUUGUUUGUCAAGUCUCCUUUAGGUGUGACCAUAGUUCAUUCAUUUACUUUGUUCUUAUUUUGCCACCCAUAUCCUGUGUGAGAGUGAGACUAAGAAUGGUCUACACAAUGAAGAGAGUUUAGUGGAAUAGCUUUCUGUUUUGCUCCGAGUCCGAGUUGCAGUUAGACAUUCAUUUCUUUAGGAAUGGAUUAAUAAAAAAAAGUUAAAGCUUUUGCUUUUUAA